AAAUCAAAUCUCACCACCUCCCUCCAAAAUCAAUUUCAAACGUUUCAAAAGUCUCCAUUCCUUCGAAACAGAAAAUUAAAAAAUCUGCAACCAUGAGCUCAGCCGCCGUAGCAGCCAAAGGAGGUCGGGGCCGAGGCCGAGGCAAGCCAACGGCCAAAGCCGUUUCCAGGUCUAGCAAAGCUGGUCUCCAGUUCCCCGUUGGCCGCGUCGCUCGUUUCCUCAAGAAAGGGCGGUACGCUGAGCGCGUUGGAUCUGGCUCUCCUGUCUACCUCUCCGCCGUCCUCGAGUAUCUUGCCGCUGAGGUUUUGGAAUUGGCUGGAAAUGCCGCAAGAGAUAACAAGAAGAACAGAAUCAUCCCGAGGCAUAUUCAAUUGGCAGUGAGGAACGACGAAGAAUUGAGCAAGCUGAUGGGAGGUGUGACGAUUGCGAACGGAGGUGUUUUGCCUAAUAUCAAUCAAAGUCUAUUGUCACGGAAGGCCGGGAAAGGUAAAGUAGAGACCGGUUCCACUUCUCAGGAAUUUUAGGUAAUUUUGUGUAACAUAGUAUGUAACGAAAUUAGGUUCCUGUUAUUGCAAAUAUCAUUCCUAGUAAUGAAAUCGUUGAAUUGAGUUUUGUUGUAAGCA